GCAAGCAUGGCCAUGGCUUCUUCUUCAUUGUAUUUGUUUGUUGUUUUAAUAGUAAUGGUAAUAAAAAUGAAAAUAGUAUACGGGGAUAUAUAUAAAGUCGGGGAUACAGCUGGCUGGACGACCAUCGGCAACAUCGACUACAAACAAUGGGCCAAAACUAAAACCUUCCGUCUCGGCGAUAUCAUCGUAUUCGAGUACAACCCUGAGUUCCACAACGUGAUGCAAGUGACGCACGCCCAAUUCAGGUCCUGCAACGCGUCGUCUCCAAUCGCCACCCACACCACCGGCAACGACUCCAUCACCAUCACCACGCGCCGCCACCACUUCUUUCUCUGCGGCGUUCCCGGCCACUGCCAGGCCGGCCAGAAACUCGACAUAAACGUGCGCCAACACCAUUCCCGUUCCCAUUCCCCUGCGGUUCCCCCCGCUGCAGUUCCUACAGUUUCUCCCAAUCUCGCUAAUUUCAUCACCCCGACUUGUCCGAUUUUUGGAUCUCUCGUUUUGCGCUUUUCGAUUCUGUUUUAUUUCUUCAGUUAGACAUUUUAUUGUUACAAAUGUUGCAUACUAACAGCCAACUUCCCUUUUUUUCUUUCAUAUGAUGAUUUUAUACCAAAAACACACAA